GUUUUUGGCCAGGGGAGAGCUCCUUUGGCCUGAUGCAUUUACUGUUUAAUUUGGCAUGCAUUUUGUAGCCGCCUUCGUCGUUUCCCAGCAGUUUCUGCUGAUGUCGCCUGCCAGAAGCAGCUGACAACAAAAUGGCGAUAGUGUCAUCCUGCCCCUUCUCCUUAGCCAUUGCACCUGGCUGAAAGCGAGGACAUCAUCGUCAUCGUCUCCUGUCAACAGCCACGUUUAUGGCCCUAGUGGGCGUGGUCAUGACCGACUGGGUUGGGCAAAAACGGGUUAAAGAGGCAAAGGGCGCCUUUAAUUUGCCGCAAAUUUAAUUAAGGCAUCUCACCUGCAACCAACUCGGAUGUCGACGAAAACUGGCUAAAAGGAAACGGACAGUCUUCACAAAUUGACAAAUAUGGUUAAGAGAAAUCCUUUUACAUUAAACUGUUAAAAGAUUUCCAUUCGAAUUCAUUUCAAUGAACAUUAAAUGAAUGACUAUGCUAAGAAUUUAAUAUGUUUAUCAAAUUCCACGAUUUUUGACAACGCACUUUCCGACAUCAGCAGCAUAUUUUUAAUAAAGGACUCAGUGUUCUGGUUAUUUGAGUAUACAAGUAAAUAAAUGACUUCACAUUGUCGAUAACCUCCCCUUGGUAUUGAGUAUAAGUAUUAAUAAAGUCGCACGAUUAGCCCAGCCGUCAGUUCAUUUUAUUUAUUUGAGUCGCGAUGAAAUCAUCUGCCGUUCUCGUCGUAAUCUUUGUGUGCCAGUGGCUUUGCCGCUUUGGAGAAGCUAUACUUCUGGAGCCAAAUUGCGGAAUUCGGACUAUGCCGUCCUUUCACCGAAUGAGAAUCAUCGGAGGCAGUGAUGCUGAGAUCACUUCCCAUCCCUGGAUGGCCUAUCUGUACAACGAGCUUAAUUAUUUCUGCGCUGGCACACUCAUAACCCAUCAAUUCGUCCUGACGGCCGCCCAUUGCAUUGAAGCGUCUAAAAACUUAACGGUUCGUUUGGGAGGCAGUGGACUUACACGAAGUGCCGGUUCCAUGUGCCAGAUCACAGCUGAGGACUACUCUGUUAGCAUGGUCAUAAAGCAUAAGUACUUCACACCUUCGAUCAUGCUAAACGACAUCGCCAUGAUUCGCCUUUCGAGAACUGUGAAAUUUAACGAUCACAUCAGGCCGAUCUGCAUUAUCCUGAACCCGGCGAUGAGACUCUUGCUGGAAGAUGGGAUGACGCUCACGGCCACCGGUUGGGGAUUGACUGACAAACAAAUGCGUCCACAAGCUCUCCAGGAAGCCCCCAUCACAGUGAUGAAUAGGAAUGUGUGCAGCAAACUGUAUGACGUCACGAUAACACAAGGGCAAAUCUGUGCCGGAGACAAGGAGACCAACACUUGCUUGGGCGACUCGGGCGGACCACUUGGUGGUGUAGUCAACUACUACGGGGAUCUUCGGUUCGUACAGUACGGGAUAACAAGCUUCGGGGAUUUGGAAUGCCGCUCACCGAGUAUCUAUACAGAUCUGAGCACCUACUCCGGUUGGAUUAAUAUGGUUGUAAAUCAACAUAGGACAUAAUUUAUAUUAAUUACCAUUAGGAAUAUAU